UCGGUCGCCAUGAUUUCGAUCUUUUCUCCUCGUCCUUCUUUAUCCUGCUCGGUUCAUUGUUCAUCUGUCGUUUUCCAAAGGUGGUGCGCGUGCGUUCGACAACUAUUUUCGUAGAACCGAGUGUUGGCGAUACGAAAAUUCGACGUCAUUUCACAUUGGAUGCUUGUCAUUCAGUUUUGUUCGAGCAAGUACGAGAGGUAUUAGUUUGAUGUUUGUGGAUUGAACUGCGUAGAAUUUAGUGUGCAAAUGCAUAUAUUAGUAAAACGAUUGCGUUGGUGAGGUGAAGUGCAAUUUAAGUUCACGCGACGAACCUUACAAAUCGUGAAUACUUCGUGAAUCAUUGUCGUUGUGGGCUCAUUUGAUUGACGUCCCACUAGCGUAGACACCCAGCUGCUGUUUGCCAAGCCUUAUUGUGAUUUAGAAAUAACGUUUAGAGAGCUUUUUGCCUGUUCAGGGCAGUUGAAAACCCCGAUUUAUAUUCAAGGAUCGUGUACAACGUAGAAGGAUAUUCCGUUUAAACGUUGCACAAUUUACCAAGUGACGCAAUAGGAAAGGAUAAAUUUUCCAGAUGAUUGUUCGCUGACAAAAGUCCAAGUAUUGUACAAGUUGAACGAUACUUGUACUGCGCUAAAUCAACUACUAAGGUACAGAGGAAUACUAAACCCAUCUCGGAAUAUAAUUCGCGACAAAAUGGAGCGUGAGCAAAACCCCAUGCAAGCACUCUGUCGAUCAGGGUGUGGAUUUUAUGGCAGUCCAGCUACAGAUGGGCUUUGCUCCUUGUGCUACAAGGAAGCCUUAAAGAAGAAACAGCAACUUCCAACAAAUACCCCUGCUAGUCUUAGCUCCUACAGAGACACAUCAACUGCACAGCCAACCAUUAGCCAUCUUCCAUCCUCAACUGUUGUAGACCUUCCCGAACAAAACGCAGAUGAACUCUCCAACCUGUCACCAGCGACCAUUUCCACGGAAGCCGAUGAUAAUGUAACAUCCUCAGAGGCUCAAACUAGCACCUCAGAUUCUGUUGGUGGUAAUGAUGAUAAAGACGACAAAGAGUCUAAAAAGAAAAAAAAUAGAUGCGCAACCUGCCGCAAGAAGGUUGGACUUACAGGGUUUGAAUGCCGCUGCGGAAGACUUUUCUGCGCUGUACACCGAUACAGCGACAAACACGAUUGUAGCUUUAACUACCGAGAGAUGGGCGCUCAAGAGAUAAGACGCAAUAAUCCAGUGGUGGUCGGCGAGAAGAUCCAGAAAAUCUGAGCCCCGCCACUAGUUCAAUAAUUUUGAGGGUCAUCUUCUAGUGCCCCCAAAAUGUUUUUAUGCCGUGCGCGCGUAUUUACACAAAACUAAAGUGCUUGCGAACGGACAUAAAAUUGAGUGAGUGGCCACCGUGUGAAUGUAAAUGUGACCGGAGUGACAUAAUUUUAAUCCAUGUUACCUCAAACUCGUGCUUAUCAAAGUGCGCGUUUAGAUCAAUAUAAUUCUAAUAUAUUUUCGCUUUUUUGGUUUCAUUGGUGGCUCCAGACCUGAUAAGAGACGCUGCUGUUUUAUAGGCCAUCCACUCAAAUGAUGAAUUUAUAAAAGGACAUCAUAUGCUAUUAUCUUUAAAUCACAAACUAUUGCCACUCAAAUUAUUAAUUAUUUUGAAAUAAAUAAAUAAAUUAUAGGUAUAUGUAAAACACUUAGCUUUUUUUGUUGUGUAUAUAAUCUACUAUUCUUGUUAAGUUUGAGUUUCUUCAGUAUGUAGUGUCUCGAUAUCACUCUGACGUGACCUUUUGAGGUUUUGCAAUUUUAUUCUAUUAGGUUUGUUUCUGCUACAUGGAUGAUUAGUCUACAUAUAUCCCCAUUUUAACAGAAAAAUUGUUGCACCACUAACACUGCUUACUUUCCAAGGUCGCAAAAUAAUUUAGUUUCUGAAAUUUCUAGUAAAUUGAAAAAUGGGAUCCAUUAAUUGGUUAAAUUCAACUAUCUACCCCACGACCACGAAUGUAACCUUAUUAAGUUUUUCAACAUUUCUUUAAUAAAACCUUUGUAAUUUGUAAUAUUAGCUAUAUCAUCUCGAAACUUUCCAACAUUUACUUUAAAAAUAAAAAAAUAUUGCGGUAAUAAUCACUCAUGAUCAGUGGGUAUAUGUAUAUUGAAUAAUACCAGUAUGUUUUACUUGGCCUCCCAUUUCUCAUAUGGCACUAACACAAAAAAAAAACAGCCAAUAUAAAACCGAAAAUGUAUUUGUUUUGCAAUGACCUUUGGGAACUAAUAUUGUCCGGACCAUUAAAUUUAAAUGCAUCCAUUUCUCUUACAUGUAGAAAGCAUUGUACAAAGGUUUCACAUUGUAUUUUUAUAUAAGCCAAAAUAUGUGUAUGUAUCCUUAUCAUCCCGACUAUAUAAUUUAGGAUAGAAAAUAAAUUAUGUUGU